AUGCCAUGGAUCAUCCUGGCAUUGCCUGUUCUGGUUCUGGUCACCUUACUGCCUCGAAAGGUUACCAACUCAAUCUUUUCAGCCAUUAUAGACAAAUAUCUUCGCUGGCGCUAUCCCAUCCGCUCUAUUGAUGGCACUCACACUCUGCCCACCUGUCCAUACCAGUGGCCCAAUGGCCAGGGCGAUGUCGGCAAGUUCCUGCAAGGCAUUGAGAAUCGUGACGCGUGGGAGAAGGAGCAUGGAAAAAUUUACCGGAUUUGGUCUGGAAUGAAGCCAGAAGUAGUUCUUACCCAACCGCAUCACGUACAGUCCGUUUUUCGAGAUUCCAACAAGCAUUCAAAGGCCGAGAACAACAAUUCUGGGUAUUUGAUGAGUGAGCUCCUAGGUCAAUGUGUCGGUCUGAUCAGCCAGGAGCCCUGGAGGCAUCUGCGCGCAGUAGCAGAAGUGCCAUUUCAACAUGACAAGGCGCCAGCCUACGUUCAGUUGGUCCUGAGACAUAUCCGGCAGCAUUUUUCCAGCUUGCAUGUUCAUGGGGAUCUUCAACAGGGACGCAUACACCCUGCACAAGACCUCAAAAUGCUUCCAUUCUGGAUCGUCGCGGAAAUUUUCUAUGGCGAGAUCGACAUCGCAAUGCGCGAGGAGCUACAACAGCUGUGCCUUAUCCGCGAGCAGCUAUUCAGGCGCAUGAUUCAAGGAGGGCUCGUCCGCUGGAGAUGGUCGCGAUAUGUCCCAAGUGCAACAAACCGUGAGCUGACCGAUUUCAAGUCGCGCUUCAGGCGCUUCAAUCAGCAAGCCUACCAGCACGCCUGCAACCAGAACAAGUGGAGCCUUCCUAUUGUAUCUAUGACCGAAGCCGCUCAGUCCGGAAAAGUCUCCCUGGAGCAAAUCUACCAGACCAUUGACGAGGCGCUCUUCGCAAAUCUGGAUGUCACCACAGGGGGCAUUUCCUGGAAUCUGGUAUUUCUGGCGGCGCACCCGGAGAUUCAAAACCGAGUGCGGGAUGAGGCGCAGACUGCAACAGCGUGCGAAGCAUAUCUCCUCUCCUCUUCAACCCUCCUGGCCGCUUGUGUCUUAGAGUCUGCCCGUCUCAAACCCCUGGCAGCGUUUACUGUCGCACAGUCCGCGCCGACGGACCGUACGGUGGAGGGAUACUGUAUCCCGGCCGGCACCAACAUAGUUGUUGAUACAUACGCGCUGAAUAUCCACAACGAAUUCUGGGGAACCGACAGCCAGAGCUACCGACCUGAUCGCUUUCUUAAGCAUCGGGCGACGGAGCUGCGGUAUCAGUACUGGCGUUUUGGAUUUGGGCCAUGCCAGUGUAUGGGCCGCUAUGUCGCGGAUCUGGUUAUCCGGGCCUUGUUGGCUCAUCUGGUGGAGAAUUACACAAUGGGGAUUCUGGAUGGAGACGAAGACAAGUGGAAACGAGACUCAGAAUCCUGGAUUACACUGCCCGACAUGCAGCUCAAGUGUGAGCCGCGCGAUGUGCCAAUGACCAAAUUAUGA